UAUGACUCUUGAGCCAUGUAAUUCUUUGGUUAAUUUUGUUAAUGAAGUUGAGAAUAGGAACUCUGAUUGGCUCAACAUUGUUAUGGCUGAUGCAGAGAAUGACCAAUGGUUGCCUGAGCUUCUCCAUUAUGACAUAAAGUAUGUUCCUUGCUUUGUUCUACUGGACAAAAACGGGAUGGCACUUGCAAAGACGGGUGUUCCAAGUAGCCGUCUGCAUGUUGUGGCUGGCGUUUCUCAUCUCCUCAAACUGAAACGUCCGCAACACAAAUAGUGCGCCUUUGGUUGAUACAACAGCAGACGAGGUUGUUGGCUUGUCGCAGUAAAUUGCAUGUAAAACAGUUUUUAGUUGUAGGGAUCGACAGUGUGGAACAAGUAAUGUAGUAGUUAUCAAGUGGAAGACCUUUACUUGAAUUAGUCUGUAGCUUUGUAAUCCAUUUUGGAUAUGCUGUUAUAUGAAGGUAAAUUAAUUUA